AUGUUGUGUAGAUCAUUAUCUGCGUUACAUAAUUUAACAAAUAGGUCAAAACAACCGCAAUUAAAACAUUUCAAUGCUGAAUACAAAGCUGCAUUGGCACUUUUUAGAAGAUCAAAUUUACCACAUGUUACAACUCUCUUCAGCAACAAACCUAAUGCAAGGAAUUUUCAUACCAGUCCAUCAAGUUACAAUGAAAAUGCGAAUAAAGAUAAGGAUAAUAAAGAUAAAAAGAAAAAUGAUGACUCAACAAUACCUUCACUGCUGAUGAAAGCAGCCUUUUGGAUGUUCACAACAACUAUCCUUAUUAUUAUGAGCACCUUGCUGGUACCCGGGGACAACACACAAAAUGAGCUGAUUCGCUAUGUGUCCUGGAAUGAAUUUGUCUACAACAUGUUGGCAAAAGGUGAGGUGGAGCAACUCAUAGUGAGGCCAGAUAUAGAGGUGGUCACCAUCAUUCUCUAUGAAGGUGCCAUUAUUAAGGGAAAAAGAGCAACUCAUCGGGUUCAUCAUAUGAAUGUGGGAGACAUCCAUCGCUUCGAGGAAAAGCUCCGUGAGACUGAAAAGAGCUUAGGAGUUAAAGAAGGAGUGCGUGUCAUUUACGACAGGAACGGUGGACUCGCAGGCAAGAUCAUCACCACACUGCUUAUCGGGGCCGUGCUGGUGUCUCUUCUGUACUCGAGCAAAAACAUGCGGAUGAACAUAAACCUUGGAGGCUUUAGCCAGUUGAGCCGCGCCAAGUUCACCCUGGUGGACUCUAUGAGCGGCCAGGGCAGAGGCGUCAAGUUCGAAGACGUCGCCGGCUUGAGGGAGGCGAAGAUCGAAGUCAUGGAGUUCGUGGAUUACCUGAAGAGGCCGGAGCACUACAAGAGCCUUGGCGCUAAGGUCCCGAAGGGCGCUUUGCUGCUUGGGCCCCCCGGAUGCGGGAAGACCCUGCUGGCGAAGGCUGUGGCCACUGAGGCCAACGUGCCCUUCUUGUCCAUGAACGGUUCGGAGUUCAUUGAGAUGAUUGGCGGUUUGGGCGCCGCCAGAGUGAGGGACCUGUUCAAGGAGGCCGCCUCUAGGGCGCCGUGCAUCGUGUACAUAGACGAGAUGGACGCCGUGGGCCGCGCCAGGUCCACUGGCGGAACAUGGGGACCGGGCGGCGGGGAGAGCGAGCAGACGCUCAACCAGCUCCUGGUCGAGAUGGACGGCAUGAAGAGCCGCGAGGGCGUCGUGGUGCUCGCCUCCACCAACCGGGCGGACGUGCUCGAUAAGGCUCUGUUGCGUCCGGGGCGCUUCGAUCGGCACAUCCUGAUAGACCUGCCCACUUUGCAAGAGAGGGAGGAGAUAUUCAAGAGACACUGCAAGAGCAUCGUGCUGGAGGAGUUGCCGCCUUACUACAUGAAACGGAUGGCGUACCUGACUCCAGGUUUCAGCGGUGCGGACAUAGCCAACGUGUGCAACGAGGCGGCCCUCCACGCGGCCCGCCACAAGCAGAACAUAGUGCGCGCUGCCGACCUUGAGUACGCCAUCGAGAAGGUUGUCGGUGGCACGGAGAAGCGUAGCCAUGCCAUGUCUCCGGCGGAGAAGAGGAUUGUGGCGUACCACGAAUCCGGCCACGCCCUCGUGGGCUGGAUGCUGGAGCACACAGACGCCCUGCUGAAGGUGACCAUCGUGCCGCGCACCAACCUCGCCCUGGGCUUCGCCCAGUACACCACCUCCGACCAGAAGCUGUACUCCAAAGAAGAGCUAUACGACCGGAUGUGCAUGGCGCUUGGAGGCAGGGCGGCCGAAGCCAUCACCUUCAACUCUGUCACCAGCGGCGCUCAGAACGACCUCGACAAGGUCACCAAAAUCGCAUACGCGCAGGUGAGGGUCUACGGCAUGUCGCCCGAGGUCGGUCUGCUCUCGUUCCCGGACAAGGAGCGCGGCAAGAGCCCCUUCAGCAACAAGCUGAAGAACCUAAUAGACCUGGAGGCGCGGAAGCUGAUCGCCAACGCGUACUACCGCACCGAGGAGGUGCUCAGGGCCAACGAACACAAGCUUAGAGACCUGGCCGAGGCGCUGCUGAAGAAGGAGACGCUCAACUUCGAGGAGGUGAGCGCGAUCCUCGGACCGCCGCCGUUCCCCGGGAAGAAGUUCAUAGACCCCGUCGAGUUCGAGAACAACCUGAGGAGCUUGGAGAGCGCUGCCACGCCCAACGAGAGUGAAGCGAUAGGGGCGCCCUCGCGUAAACAGGAGAGCGAGCAGGGCGUGCAGCAGUUUGUG